UAAGAGAGUGAGAUCCACAAAGAUUUUACAGGUUUACAAAAUGGAGGAGCACAUGGGAAGAAUGCCCGACCAAAAGGGCGAUACACACUGUAAGACUUUUAUCGAACUGAAGCAGGUUGCCUUAGAUGUUUAUGGAGAAAACAUUUGUAAGAUGGCAGUUUCCCCGACUUCUGUGCAUCAUCGAAAGCAAUGGCGAAAAAUCCAGCAAAAGCAACAGGACAGUACUACAUAUGUGUCGAACGUUUCUUACGGAAUUAAACAGGAACCGGUUACAGGAUGUACAGCACAAAGUCACGAAAACUUCCCACGGGACAGUACUACAUAUAUAUCGAACGUUUCUUACGGUAUUAAACAGGAACCGGUUACAGGAUGUAUAGCACAAAGUAACGAGAACUUCCCACGGGACAGUCGAUUGUGUACAGAGGCCGGCUAUCUGUAUCCGGUUGAUGAUUCCCAAGCCUAUUUCCACAGACAAGACAGUCAAGAUAUCUACGCGGAACAACCUCAGACUACAGAUUCACCAAGAUAUGCGGACACCACAAAAGAACUUGUCCACAAUGUGGAGAACAUGAAAGUAACCAAUAGUAAUGGCGAGGUGAUCGUAGAACUGUACGGGUACCACUAUCCCAUAGACGUAUCAGCCGCCAUAGACAUCAAUGGCGCUCAGAGGACAGAUAACAAACAUGUGGACUUCACACAUUCACUACUCUCGUCACCACCUAGACCGGAAUCCCCAGUACACAUGCGCAGCAAAAGUGAUAAUUUAUAUUCCGAUCCAUGCCUUCAUAAAAGUUUAAAAACAAAGGACACCGGAAAAUUGAAGUAUAGACAAAAGCGAAUGCAGAGAGGAUGUCGGUUGUGGGAGUUCAUUCGGGACUUACUUCAAAACCCUCUUUACAACCCCUCACACAUCAAGUGGAUAGACAGAUCUGUCGGGGAGUUCCGAUUGGUCAAGUCUAACCAAAUAGCACGGAUGUGGGGAGCAAAGAAAAACAACGAAUGUAUGACGUACGAAAAGCUCAGCAGGGCCAUGAGAUAUUAUUAUAAAAGGGAAAUUUUAUCCCCGGUUUUAGGAAAGCGCUUAGUAUACCGAUUCGGGGCCAAAUCGUAUGGAUGGUGAACUAGAGUUUGCCGAAUUUGUAGCAUCAGAAGGGGAGCUUUCUGAUGUCGAUAUCUAAGGGCAGAGCACAUAAAGGGUCUAAAUGCAAUAUGUAAUACAUAGAGUGAACCAACACCCACAGACUACCCGCAUACAACCGUUAUAACAGCCGACAGGCUCUUCUGGGCUAAAGUUGCAUUGUUACAAACACGACUCUAAAUAAAAAAAUCUUGCAUCUUGUAUCUUGUACGUGACUUGAUUACAAGUGUAAGAUUGUUUUGAACACGUACACACUAGCUGACAGGUAUAAAUCGACACUAUAGAUGUUAUUGCUGUUGUAUUAAAAUAACUUGUUUGUGAUUUACAAAAAAAUCUUCUGUGUAGAGUUUGUUGUAGAGUAUGUUUGGAACACUAGUCCAUCUGCUUGUCGUAACAGAGUCACUCGUAUGCUGAUCUAACACCAGUUUGUGUUCAGCCAAUCUAAUUAAAAUCGGACCCCUCAUUACACUACGUUAUAGCCUCCAUAACGUAGUGUAGUCAGAGAUCUGAUUUUAAUUAGAUUGGUGUUCAGCUGCCCUUGUUUAUUCUACCUGAUCACAAACCGCACAAUACUGUACUUGUUUUCUGUUGAAGGUGUUACAUACAAAUGUACAUGUGUCUGUCUCACAUAGUUUAUAUCCAACUAUUUAAUGAUAUUUUCUUUUACUAUGAUCAACAUGGAUUGUUCGUUAUUUUAUACUUUAUACUUAUCUGCUUCAAAAUUGUUCCUAUUUAUGAAAUAUAUGAAAUUGUAUGAUGAUAUAAUA